CUUGAAAAUUGAGAGGAAAUUUAAUAUUUAUUAGAUUAUUUGAAGUUAAAGUGCUUCUCGCCGCCUCACGCUUCACUCUCACUCUCACGUACGAGAUUGGGGAUGGAAUCGGUUUUAGGGUUUUGAUACAUACCUUCCACGUGCCCAUUUCGAAGAUCUACUUUCACAAAUUGCUUUUGUAGUGGUUUCCAUUUUUAUUAAUUGGCUGAUAUGUAAAUGCAAAUGCAAAUGCAAAUGCAAAGUUAUUUUGUUACAAAGAAUGGCAAUUGUUAUGCAAUGCUGACUUGCAAAGUUAAUUUGUUUCAAAGAAUGGCAAUAGUUGAUGCAAUGCUGACAUGCAAAGGUGACACACCAUUAAAGGUGGUUGUCUUUUAUACAAAGAAGAAGAACUUACUGAUAUGCUGAUUUGCAAAGCUAAAGGUGAUCUACUUAUUCUUUAUAUUUUCGUUUAUUUUCUUUGCUUCAUUCAUGUGGCUAGGUAGUGUAUAAAUAGAACAUAGAUCAGUAUCAAUUAUCAUUCUCAUAACACCCUCGUUGCACUAUCAUUCUCUCUUUCUCUAUUCUAUUUAUAUUUCAAUUUUCACUUCACCUAUUCCACCACCAUCUCCAUUAGACCAGAAAUAACCAUAAACAAAGAUGCAGUUCAUCUACAUUACACUGCUGUUGUUGGCCAGCAUUGCGGCACCUACUGUGUGCACCACUUACCUUCCUCUAAAACCGGUCAUUCCACUCAACCACCGCGUUAAGAUUGACACAUUGAUAGCUCGCGACAGAGUUCGCCACUCAAGAAUCUUGGGUGGUUUUGGCGUCAGCUUCACAGUCCAAGGGAUCGCUGAUCUAAACUCCUUUGGUCUGUAUACCACACAAGUAAAGCUUGGAUCUCCACCUAGGGAGUUUACUGUUCAAAUUGAUUCCGGAAGUGACGUCUUAUGGGUUAACUGUAAUCCUUGUACCGGUUGCCCUCAUUCCAGUGGACUUGGGGUCUGGAUUUUCAAUUUCCAUCAUUGCUUUUUUACUAUACACAUACUUAUUUGUGGUGUAGUGUUUAUUUUGUUGCCUUUGGAACCAAGGUAUAGAUUUGGAGCUCAACAUUUGUUGCUUGUUGCGUUGUAUUGUAUACAGAUUAAGCCUAAUUUUUUUGACACAACUAGUUCAUCCACGGCUGCACUAGUACAUUGCUCGGACCCAAUAUGCCCUAUCACGGUUCAAGGUGCGCAAGUUAAAUGCUCUCGUAAGGUUAAGCAUAAUCAGUGCAGCUACAACUUUCAGUUUCAAGAUAAGAGUGCUACCUCUGGUGUCUAUGUCUCUGAUGACAUGUAUUUUGACACGAUCAAGCAGUCUUCUCUGACUAGUGUUAACUCUUCAACCACUAUUUUUUUUGGGUGUAGCACCUAUCGAUUUGGAGGUUUGACUGAGACAGCCAGAGCAUUUGAUGGAAUCUUUGGGUUUGGCCCUAGUGAUGUAUCAGUUGUAUCCCAAUUGUCAUCACAAGGAAAAACACCCAAAGUUUUCUCUCACUGUUUGAAAGGAGAUGGAAAUGGAGGAGGAAUUCUAGUUAUUGGUGAAAUUGUGGAGCACAAUAUUGUUUAUAGUCCAAUGGUCCCAUCACAGCUUCAUUAUGUCUUAAAGGUGAUAUUUUUAUUAAUUGGCUGAUAUGUAAAUGCAAAUGCAAAGUUAAUUUGUUACGGCAAUAGUUGAUGCAAUGCUGAUUUGCAAAGUUAAUUUGUUACAAAAAAUGGCAAUAGUUAUGCAAUGCUGACUUCAAAGUUAAUUUGUUGCAAAGAAUGACAAAUAGUUAUGGAAUGCUGACUUGCAAAGUUAAUUUGUUACAAAGAAUGGCAAAUAGUUAUGGAAUGCUGACUUGCAAAGUUAAUUUGUUACAAAGAAUGGCAAUAGUUAUGCAAUGCUGACUUGCAAAGUUAAUUUGUUACAAAGAAUGGCAAUAGUUAUGCAAUGCUGACUUGCAAAGUUAAUUUGUUACAAAGAAGGGCAACAGUUAUGCAAUGCUGACUUGCAAAGUUAAAUUGUUACAAAGAAUGGCAAUAGUUAUGCAAUGCUGACUUGCAAAGUUAUUUAGUUACAAAGAAUGGCAAUUGUUAUGCAAUGCUGACUUGCAAAGGCGAGUCUUUGUCCUUCAUUGCUAAUUUGAUCAGAAUCUCCAAUUGCUUUAACAAAUGUAUCACACUCGCUUUGCAGUUAAUUUGUUACAAAGAAUGGCAAUAGUUAUGCAAUGCUGACUUGCAAAGUUAAUUUGUUAGAAGAAUGGAAAUAGUUAUGCAAUGCCGACUUGCAAAGUUAAUUUGUUACAAAGAAUGGCAAUAGUUAUGCAAUGCUGACUUGCAAAUUAAUUUGUUACAAAGAAUGACAAUAGUUAUGCAAUGCUGACUUGCAAAGUUAAUUUGUUACAAAGAAUGGCAAUAGUUAUGCAAUGCUGACUUGCAAAGUUAAUUUGUUACAAAGAAUGGCAAUAGUUGAUGCAAUGCUGACCUGCAAAGGUGACACACCAUUGAAGGUGUCUUUAAUAGAAAGAAGAAGAACAAGAAGUUAGUGAUAUGCUGAUUUGCAAAGCUAAAGUAUAGAUAUUUUUCCUUCGAUCAACUUUAACUUUGCGGGUGGAGCGUCCAUGGUUCUAAAACCAGCACAAUACCUUGUGCGCCAUGAUUUCAUGGUUCUAUGCCUGUCAACAUCUCUAUGAUCCGGAGCAAGAAUAAAAACAUAAAUUCAAGAAUAAAACGAUCGAGUGCCAGCAGCUUAGAGAUAAGGAUUCUCUGCACGUUAUUACAUGUAACCUUUGUUGCUUUUCUUAUGCACAUAAUAUAUUUAUCAUGAAGGAAAGAUAUGAUAUCUAUUGUGCUAGAAAUAAAUAAUUUAUGAAUGUACAUUUUCAUUUGAGAAGUUUGGGAGGCUAAUGAAACAAAUGACUAGGAUGAGUGGAUAUGUAAAGAGAGAUGAAAUUAACACUGUCUGCAUUCUCUCAUUGAGUGAAUCCAACCACAUAUAAUUUAUUGUGAUGUGCCAGAUUAAUUUUAUUUGUUAUACUAUAUGAUCCACUCUUAGUACAAAUAAAUAUGAUAAUAACUAA